AUGUCUAAAGCUAUCCUAGUCACAGGCGCCACGGGAAGGCAGGGCAGUGCUGUUAUUGAAGCCCUGCUUAACCAAAAGCUUGAGGACUUUACUAUUCUCGCCGUCACAAGGAAUGUUUCUCAACCUGCUGCGCAGAAGCUCCGCUCGAAAUCUCGUUCCAUCAAACUAGUCGAGGGCGAUCUCGAUGACAUUCCUGCCAUUUUCAAGCAAGCCCUGCGGGUAGCUGAACAACCACUAUGGGGCGUUUACUCGGUGCAAGUCUCUUUGGGCAAAGGCGUCACCCCUGAGGGGGAGAUCAAACAGGGCGAAGGCCUCAUUGACGAAUCGAUCAAAGCUGGGGUUAAACACUUCGUAUACAGCAGCGUCGAGAGAGGGGGCGACGAUAGGUCCUGGGACAAUCGAACCCCCGUCCCGCACUUUCAGACGAAAUAUGAGAUUGAACAUCAUCUUCGUAAGGCUACUGCAGAAGGAAAAGCAGGAGAAAGCAUGGGUUGGACCAUCUUGCGUCCCGUAGCUUUCAUGGACAAUCUUUUUCCUGGGGUUCCCACCAGAGUCUUCUUGGCAUCAUUGCGUAAUUGGCUUGGGGACAAAUCGAUGCAAUGGAUCGCUGUUAGGGACAUCGGUAAUUUCGCCGCCCAAGCGUUCACGGACACGCAGAAAUGGAAUCGCAAAGCGGUUGGUCUUGCUGGAGACGAGUUGAACAUGGAUGACCUAAGUAAAGCAUUUGAGAGCGUGACGGGCCAACCCGCCCCAAUGGCCUAUUCGUUCUUUGGAAGCGCUCUAACUUUCGUUUCUUGCGAGGUACGGACCAUGAUCGGAUGGUUUGCAAGCGAUGGAUACAAGGCAGAUGUCGAGGCACGACGUGCUGACUACCCUGACAUAUUGACCUUUAAAGAAUGGUUGGACCUAGACAGCACUUUCGAGACUGCAGAAUGA